AUGGGCCUGCCCGAGGGUUUCAGACAGGGAAACUUGGAUGCUGGACUCUGCGCAGGUCCAAAGGAAGAGCACAGGGGCACUCCAACAAAGUGGCUGAAGGUGGCUGCUUGUCAGCGAGUGUUCUCAGACCAGUAUUCACUUCUAGUCAUCUUGUCGUUGCUUCUUUUAGUGGACUUUGGACGUGUGGAGGCGCGCCAGUGGUACGAGUCCAGGGCGUCCGCCAACAUGUCGGUGGCGGUGUAUGAGAGCUUUCACCAGACAGGACACAAUUGCGUGCACGACAGUCACAUGGUCCCCAGGAUCAUUGAGAUCCACAGGAGGCGGCACAGGAGUCAGGAAGUCAGGAACAUCAUGCAACAGGGGGAUCAGGGGCAGCCUAAGAGGCGGCUGCUGGCAGAACCCAAGCCAGCUCCCAUUCGGAUUGUUCCGAGUUUCAACCUGUCUGGUCUAAUGACGGAGCACGCAGACUACAUCCAGUACAACCUUGUUCCGACCGCCAUCAGGUGGCUGGAACGUGCCAUCAAAGUGAAGCGCCCGGUGGUCGGCCCGCUCAAGCUGGAGCUCGAGUGCCAGCAAUGGCAACGGUGGAACAUGCAAGGCCUGCCCGUGUACGAGUGUCCCGAACGCGUCUCCCCCACGUGUCUCGACGCCGUUAUCGACCCCGCGCACCUCAACAACGUGACCACCUGCGACCGGUCCGAUGCGUUCCACUGCGUCACCACUCCGUCAGGCCCCGGAGUCAAGAACGCCGACCUGAUUGUGUACAUAACUUCGAAGGCCACCCCCGAAUGCGGGGCCUCGACGGCGGCGCACGCGGGCGCGUGCAUGUUUGAUCCCGAUACUGACCGACCGCUCGCGGGGAACAUCAAUUUUUGCCCGGGGUACUUCUCGGAGACGGAUAGCAACAACCCGGAUGGCGAGUUGAUGAUAACUCUCCACGAGAUGACGCACGUCCUGGCCUUCAGCGACAGUUUGUUCCCGUACUUCCGCGACGAGAACGGCGACCCGCGCGUCCCGCGCGCGGACAGCGGCUGGCCCGACAGCUCGCGCUACUUCUCGGAGCAGGGGCCGGACGUCCGCGCCGUGGUGGGGACGUUCCAAGAGCGGGGGACGACCGUGCGCAAGAUCGUGACGCCACAGGUGAUCGCCAUGGGCAGGGCACACUUCGGGUGCAGCAAGCUGAACGGAGUCGAGCUCGAGAACGGAGGCGGGCCUAGCACGGCGGGGAGCCAUUGGGAAGCGCGAAUCCUGCACGGAGAGAUCAUGGAGGGCGCGUCGCAGGUGAACACGCAGGCGUACUCCAACGUCACGCUCGCGCUGCUGGACGACAGCGGGUGGUACGCACCGGACUACGGACUGGGCAUGUUCCUGCGGUUCGGCCGCCUCAAGGGCUGCGACUUUGCCUACAAGUCGUGCUCCUCUUCGGCGGGGCAGGCCGUCUUCUCCGAGUACCAGUGCGCGGCCGGCGGCUCCGGCGCGGCCGGCUACCAGUGCACGUACGACGCGAUUGCGGUCGGCUAUUGCGACGGGUGCGGCGAUUCGCCGACGGACUCGGGGUCGUGUACGGACGACGGGUGUCAGCGCGUGAUUGGAUGGAAUAACUACGGCUGUACGGCGCCGUUGUUAGGGCAGAUGCAGACGGACGCAGUCUCCGUUGGGAUGCAGUUUGGGCCGGCGUCGAGGUGUUUCCAGCACGGCUCCGACCCCUGGAUCAAAAAAGUCGGCAACAGCAACGCGCAGUCGGCGGGUUGCUACCCCCAGCGGUGCGUACCGGGGAAACGCGGAGCGCCGCCGUCCCUGUACGUCGAAGUCGCACCGGGGGCCUGGUUGCAGUGUGUAGAUAAUGUGGAGGUUGAGCUGCCCCGCAAGUACUUCGCCCGGGGCACCAUCGGGCCCUGCCCCGCCGCGGCGGACUUUUGCAUGUACAAUAUGUGCCCCGAUGAUUGCAGCGGCAAAGGCCACUGCUACAACGGCACGUGCCACUGCUUCCCGAGCUACGCCGGGUACAACUGCGGCCAGCCGGCGUGCGUUCCGUCCGACUGCGCCAACGGAACCGUCUGCGACUCCCGUUCCGGCCUCUGCAAAGUGCCCGGAACGACCGGAGAAGCGGACUCCCCGGCCCAGCCCCCGAUCACCGCCCCGGUUGUCAGUAACAGCGGCGGAGAGUCGAUGCUUAUGCAGGUUACCAGCACGGUGCGGUUCUCCGGGGGAAUGGCGAGCACUCAGCAGCAGUACACGACGUUCCAGAACAACUUUGACGCCACGAUGACGCAAGCGGCUCAUGCCACCGGCUACGGCGGCAAGAUCACGGUCACGGUCAACGGCAUCAACCAGGGCAGCGGCGUGUCCGUCGAUUCUACCGUUGCGUUCGGCCCCGCGAGCGGCGCGAAUCUCCAAGCCGCGCGCGACGCCGCGGCCGCGUUCGCGAACACGCUGAGCAAUGACCCCGCAUCCAUCUUCGCGAAAAAUACCUUCUUCGACUCCUUUGGUGACGUCACCUCUUCCAAGAUCCGGAUCCUGGAGGCCAACGCGGGCACGGACACCUGGACGGCCAAGAUUCCGCGGACGGUCCUCGGGGUGUCUAUCAAGUACUGGUUUAUAGCGCUGGGCGUGCUGUGCCUGCUGAUCGGGGCGACCGUCUCCUGCUGGCGAUGCUGUAGCCCAAAACGACGUCAGCCCCACGUGUCGGUAGCCCACGUGGUACACAGCCCGGGGAUCCAAAGCCCGGUGCUCGGGCAGCCGGUCAGCCCUGUUGCUGGGAGACCCGUUCAGUAUCCGCCGCCUCACAUGCUGAGCCCCGCGCAUCAGGACCAGUCCUUCCAAUACAUCCGUGGAGAUCAGUACUUUUCUAGGAAUUAAAGUCGAAUUUCUCGCCUUGCCCGCUUUGAAAGCUCGGAGAAUGGAGACGCGUCUGCAGAGACAACGGUGCACGAUUGUGCACGAGAGGUAGAUAGAGAGGGG